AUUUCCUAGUUUUAUAGCUCUACCAAACAAUGCCUCGCCGGGAAAUUUACUGUGUUUCAUUUGGUUGUGCGCCAGAUGUGCCUAUCCAAUUGGUUAGCCCUGCUGACUUUACUUUAAAACUAACCUCCCCUAGCGCACAGCGCAGUGCAUUUUCUAGUAUAAUCCGACUCAAAUGGCAUUAUAAUUUCUUCCCCUCUGUUCUUCUCUCUUGUGUGUGUUUCUGUUUGUGUAUAUCUAUCUUUAUUACGAGCUGAAUUGAAGAGUAUCUUCCGCUCUGACACAGUCAUCCAUGGCAGAAGGCGGAUCGUUCGAUCUAGGGCACCGGUUGGAUAUUAAGCAUAUACUAUCAGAGGCCAAGCAUCGGUGGCUGAGACCUGCUGAAGUUUGUGAAGUUCUCAGGAACCAAGAGAAGUUUCAUAUCUCCGCCGAGGCUCCAAAUAAACCAGUUAGUGGUUCCGUGUUUCUCUUUGAUCGUAAGGUGUUGAGGUACUUCCGGAAGGAUGGACAUAAUUGGAGAAAGAAGAAGGAUGGGAAGACUGUUAAGGAGGCCCAUGAGAAACUGAAGGCAAGUAUGAAUGGCAUAGUCGGAAGUGUUGAUAUGCUGAAUUGUUAUUAUGCCCAUGGGGAAGAUAACGAAAAUUUUCAAAGACGCAGCUACUGGUUGCUUGAGCAGGAUCUCAUGCACAUUGUAUUUGUCCACUACAUGGAAGUCAAGGGCAAUAAGACAAACAUUAGUUGCGUCAGUAACAGUGUUGGAGCUGUAUCAAAAUCUGAAAAUGGCAGGUCGUUAUCGUCCAGUUUUCGUGGAACAAGCCCAACCAGCACCUUAUCAUCAACAUGUGAUGAUGCUGAGUCUGGGGGUUAUCACCAAGCACAUUCCAGGCUUAAUUCUUAUCCAGAGUCUCCACUGACUGAAGAUAGUCAUUCUACCCAGUCAAGCUCUUGUACUCAGCUUUUUAGUCCAGGAGAGGCUGCUUAUAAACAGGGAUCUGGGUGUUUUCUGCCUGUCCGUGCCAAAUGCCAGACACCAAACAAUGAGGCAAGGCCAUUUUACACAUACCCUGAGCAGGAAGAGCAGUCAUUGGAAAGAAACAUUCAGAUGUUCCCUUCCAAUGAAGAAACUGACAUUGCCACGAACCCAAAUCUGGAGAAUGGUAUGACAACCAUUGGAAAUGGAAACUACUCUCUCAUCAUGAAAAAGCCUCUGGGUAGCUUGCGUACAGAUGAAACCUUGAAGAAAGUGGACAGCUUCUCCAGUUGGAUUGCUAAUGAACUUGGAGAAGUUGAUGAAUUAGACAUGCAACCAAGUGAUGCAAUUUUAUGGAAUACUAUGGGAAGUGAGUAUGAACACAAUAUGGCAGCUCAACUGCACAUGGACACACACAUGCUGAACCCUUCUAUAUCCUUGGAUCAAAUUUUUAGUAUUAGUGAUUUUUUGCCAAACUGGGCUUAUUCAAAUCUGGAGACCAAGGUCCUUAUCUCUGGCAUAUUCCUCAAGAGUGAGCAAGAGCUGGCUAAAUACAGAUGGUCAGUUAUGUUUGGAGAAGUGGAGGUUCCCGCUGAGGUUUUGAUGGAUGGAAUUCUUAGUUGCUGUGCUCCACGGCACAUUCCUGGAGUUGUCCCUUUCUAUGUUACUUGUUCCAACAGGUUGGCUUGCAGCGAGCUAAGAGAAUUUGAAUAUAGGUCUGGGCCGGAGAAAAAUAUCAGUUCUCUUGAUGUAAAUGGAUAUAUUGGAAUUCUAAUGCAUCUAUAUCAAAGAUUUGAGAUGAUAUUGUGUCUGGAACCAGUUGGAAGCCCUCUAUCUGCUAGGAAUGACUUUGAAAAACAAAGUGUGAUCAAUAAAAUUGUUUCCUUAAUAGAGGAGGACAAUAGCCAGGAUGCAAAACUGGCUUCAGAAAGUAACACAUUAUGUGGAAAGGUGAUCGGAGAGCAACUUCUGCAAAAGCAGCUGAAAGAGAAAUUUUACUCUUGGCUUCUCCUCGGAGUGACUUCAGAUGGGAAGGGCCUUAUGAUUAUCGACAAAUGGGGUCAAAGUGUGUUGCACUUGGCUGCUGCUCUUGGUUUUAAUUGGGCUUUCCAGCCAAUUAUAGAAUCGGGAGUUAGUAUAGAUUUUCGUGAUGUGAAUGGUUGGACUGCGCUUCAUUGGGCUGCAUUUUAUGGAAGAGAGGAAACAGUUGCUGUGCUUGUUUCUCUUGGUGCAGCCCCUGGAGCACUUACAGAUCCAUCAACUGAAUAUCCACAAGGCAGGACUCCUUCAGACCUCUCGUAUUCCAGUGGGCACAAGGGCAUUUCUGGUUUCCUGGGAGAGACUUUCCUUACCACCCAUCUAUCCACUCUUACAUUGAACGAUGGUGAUACCACAGAAGAGUCUGGACUAGAAGCAAUACAGACAGUCACAGCACGUUUAGCUGUACCUACAACUGGAGAGGAUGUGCCAGAAACUCUCUCACUGAAGGACUCGAUAGCUGCAGUCUGUAAUGCCACACAAGCAGCAGCACGCAUUCACCAGAUUUUUCGCAUUCAGUCGUUUCAGAGGAAGCAGCUUCUUAUCGAACAGGAAUCUGGCGAAUGGCUGGAUUCGGAUAAGCAAGCUAUUUCGCUUCUUGCUGCUAAAACAUCCAGAUUGGGCCAAUCAGGCGGUACUGCGAAUGCUGCCGCCUUAAGCAUUCAGAAAAAGUAUCGAGGUUGGAAAAGGCGGAAGGAAUUUCUGCUGAUCCGACAAAAGAUUGUCAAAAUUCAGGCUCAUGUAAGAGGUCACCAGGCUCGAAAGAAGUAUAAGCCUAUUAUCUGGUCAGUGGGAAUACUGGAGAAGGUGAUUUUGCGCUGGAGACGUAAAGGCACUGGGCUUCGUGGAUUUCGACCAGAUGGAAUCCAAAAAGAGCCGAACGAGGGGAACAGCUUGCCGCCACCUGAAGAUGAUUAUGACUAUCUGAAGGAAGGAAGAAAACAAAGUGAACAAAGGAUGCAGAAAGCACUUGCCCGAGUGAAGUCCAUGGCUCAAUAUCCUGAAGCAAGAGCUCAGUACCGUAGGCUGUUAACUGCUGGUGAAGUCUUCCGUGAAAGUAAGGAUGCUUCAGAUGGGAUCCCAGAUAACAUGGAGGACUUGAUGUACCCUGGAGAUGACCUGAUUGAUAUUUCGAGUCUAUUGGACGAUGAUACUUUUAUGCCCCUGGCUUUUUAAAGAGCAUCCAAAGACCAUCAUCUUUUUAGCCCAAGGUCUAGCUAGCAGUUACUACUGAUUAUGCACAGUAAAUAACUAGAAAAAAUAGUUUGUCGUUCUUCUGUUCUGUAUGUAUAUAUUUUGUGCGUGCACAAUGUUAUAAUAUGACUAAGGACUCGAUAGAGUGUUAUAUGAUAAUAUUCACAGUUUAUUUUUUUCAUUUGGAUUGCCUCAAUAUCAUUUAGCUUGUGAAUGGCCAUUUUUUGACACGUGGUUGUGAGAAUGAAUCCGUAGGAAAGGGAUAUUGAUUUGAAGCUGAAGAGGCUUAAGUAAU